UGAUCUGACAAAAAUGGUGAACGCAAAUGGCGGCGGCGAUGUCAGCGACUUUGGUGUUCGCUGCAAGACGUCGUCCUUUGGCCUGUAGUUUGUCGUCUUCCUCGAAACCAAGAAACACGAGAAGGCUUGUUCUAUACUCUAAACCUGGAUGUUGUCUCUGCGAUGGUCUUAAAGAGAAGCUUAACGCUGCCUUCUCUCUAUCCCCCGGUUCCAAUUCACUCAACGACGUUGUUCUUCAGGUAAGGGAUAUCACUACGAAUCCCGAGUGGGAACGAGCUUAUCAGUAUGAGAUACCGGUUUUGGCUAAAGAGAACUCUGAUGGCAAAGAGGAAAUUUUGCCGAGGUUAUCUCCACGUUUAAGUGCGGAAAUCAUACAGAAGAAGCUACUUGCUGCCUUUAGUUGAUCAAUUACGUGCACGACAACCGAAAAAUAAAAAAGAAAAGAAGAAAACGUGUGUUAGGUGCUUGCGAUGCAGACACCUUGCAACUCAGAAUUCUAUUUCUCUAUGUCAAACUGAAAGCAAGUUUGCUCAUGUAAGCUUUCAUUACCUUGGGAUAAAAUAUCUGCUAGUUGUUCAAUCAUUUAGGUCUCUUAUGUUACUUGGUGAUCACUCUGGUUUUAUGAAUCCCUUCUCGCUCUUCUCAACAAAUAUAUUACUACAUUCAUACUAUGAUAACAUAUUACUAUAUUAGACGAAACAAGCUGGGGCAUUUGUGGUGAGUGACAACAAUGGUUAAGCAAAUUGAUUUUGUAUAUUCUAGAGAUCCUGAUGGUCCUCAGCCUAAAAUGGUCCCUGCAUCUACGACAUAUUUUCUUCACUUGUCACCUUCAUUGUAAAUGUAUCUACCUGAUAAGCAUUUUUACAUAUUAUAAAAAAAUUCUUUAUCGAUCAA